AUGGAUCAUGAGGAUGGCAACGAUAUUGCUGCGAAGGAGCUGACUCGCCUCUGGCGCACUUGGAGAACUAUCUAUGAAAUGCUUGCAGACCGGGGCUACGAAGUGUCCGAAGAUGAACUGCGAAUCACUCUGUCUGACUUCCGUUACCGAUACGGCGCUGCCUCCGGAUUUCCAGACCGCAACAAGAUGAAAAUCAAAGCUCGCCCCUCUCAGGCUAUGCUCCACAAGUACACCGCACUGCCCAGCAAGGCGAACCCAAACCCCCAACCCGACUGCGGUGAAAUUUACGUCCACUUUGGUCCCGAGACGCCCGGUGUCGGCACCAAGGAAGUGCGCGAGUUCAAUGAGAUCGUCAGCGAUGGCAACUACCACACCGGUAUCUUCAUUACGCAAGUUGCUAUUUCCCCCUCAGCUAUGCGAAUGCUCCAAGUUAUCCCCGACCGUAUCUGUGAGUACUUCCAGGAGCAGGACCUGCUGGUGAACAUCACCCACCACGAACUCGUCCCCAAGCACGUCCUUCUCAGCCCUGAGGAGAAGCUCCGUCUUCUGGAGCGAUACCGUCUGAAGGAGUCGCAGCUGCCCCGUAUGCAGGUUGUUGAUCCUGUUGCUCGGUACUUGGGUUUGCGCCGUGGUCAGGUAGUGAAGAUCAUUCGCAAGAGUGAGACUGCUGGUCGUUAUGCUAGUUACCGAUGGGUCAUCUAA